AUGCCACGACCGGUACGAUCUCGAGUCGCGCCGGCAGCACCAAAAGGGAAUGCUGCCGGCGUCACUCGGGCUGCUGAUCCCGAACCAGCCAAGAAAGCGGCCACCACGCAGGCUAGCCAAGUCGAUGCAGUAAGCGACACGAGUAGUGACAUCUACGGACUCAGCGACCGCGAAAUCGAGCGCCAAGCGACCCGGCGCGCCUCUGGAGGUACCGCACAGGUGAAAUCCCAGCAGGCAAAAGCCUUGGGAGAUUCCAAAACUCGACGCGAUGCUGCAAUGAGUCGUCUGGACGACCUCAGCUCGACCUCGGCAUUGGAAGGACCUUCGACGGUUAGGAAAGCCAGCUCCACCACCGUGCGCGCUACCCGGCGGAGUUCCAGCAGGCUGCGGCGGAGCGCGCCGGAUGCGUCAGGACUCGAUGUUAUGGACGACUCUGAGCUUUUCGGCGGGGACUUUGACGAUCUGGACGUGGAUAUCAGCUUGGGGGAGGAUUCUGUGUUGGCUGGUGGUCAACGGUCGACCGACACGUCUUCGUUCAAUGUGGGGCUUUUUAGACGGGGCCGCCCCCGUCAAUCGAGUAUUGUCGGCCGGGAUGAUGCGCCUAUUCGCCCAAGUAGCCGAGGCCCAAAUACACCCAGUAUCAGUACGACCUUCAACAUCGGAACCUUCAAGAGGCGGGCCAGGGAGCAGAGUAUUCUGGGCAGUAGGCGGAAGGCUCGGCAAGAGCCAGACGAGACGGAACCGGCAGGCGAAGAGGAGCAACUGGAGGACAGUGAGAUUGGAUCGGACGAGGAGGUGAUUCCAGAAAGUGUGAUUGGGUCGCCUAGUCGUAGGAGGACGACUCGCGGCUCCGAUAUAAGGGAUAGAGAGCCAUCUUUACCUGCUGUGGAUACGAGUCCUGAAGAGGGAUCUUCGCGGAAGAGAAAAUCAACAGACGGCCAGGAUGGCUCAUCGAAGCGUCCUGCGCUGGCAUCCGGCGAUGUCCCGCAAGAUUCUGUCGAGAGCGACUCGGAGCUCAGCUUGCCACCUCUCGACGAUACACCAUCCACUCCAGGCCAUGACACAGCACGACGCACAGCUGUGGAUGAUGACGAUGACAUACUGGCGCCACCCGCCAGCAGCAGCUCAUCCGAUGCCAGCCCCACCAGCUGGCCGUCGCUACGAAAUCUGCCUCGCAAUAGACAACGCCGAGCGCUGUCAGAUUCUCGCAAAACACCAGCUCCUGUCCACGGUGACGAUGCGUUGUCGGACAUGUCAUCCCCACCGUCGCUAACACACUCGCCUAAUUAUGUUGCGGCAAAAAACAAGAACACACGUGGGGCAGCUGCUGCCGCAAAAAAUGCCCACAAGGCCUCACCAAAACUUACUACCGCCGAGCUCACGGCAAUGUUGCCCAAGAGGAGGCAAAGAACUGUACGAGAUGACCAGUCCGACGAUGAGUUUGACUCCACAAUAGUGGCAAACGAGGCAGACGAGCUGUCAUACGUUGAGGGGUCUAGAGCACGACGCGCAAGAAGACCUGCGAGGCCUUUGGCCGAGUCCAAAGCCCCAAUCGCCCGGGCACAGAUGACCAAAGGAGGGAAAAGGCGUGCUCGGAGGACCUAUGGCUCCCGGGCCAAUGCGGGCUCCGACAAGGAAAAUCAAGAUGGAGAAGGUGAAGAUGACACAAUACAAGUUGCAGCUGAUGAAGAGUACCGGUCAGAAGACGCAUUGGCGGAUGAAACCAUGGAUGCGACUGAAGCCCAUGUGGAACUUCCAGGCGUAUUGAGCGAAGAGCUUCAACAGGCGGCGCAAAAGUUCAAAGAAGUUGAUCGGUGGGAAAUGGAAUUUGAAGAGGUUACGGAACCGUCGUCACCUGGAGCUGCAGCUGCUCGGUGA